UCCGAGCCAUGCUGCCGGUGAUGUUGCAGCCGGGAGAAAUCCGUUCGCGCCGCCUCGGGGAUACAGCGGUCAAGAGACCUAAGACCGGAGACGUUUGCGAGUUCUCGCGAGAAGCGGGAAAGGGCGCAAGGUUUGAAACAUGGCGGACGACGUAGACCAGCAACAAACCACCAACACUGUAGAGGAGCCGUUGGAUCUCAUCAGACUCAGCCUGGAUGAGCGAAUCUAUGUGAAAAUGAGGAAUGACCGAGAGCUUCGGGGCAGAUUACAUGCUUAUGAUCAGCAUUUAAAUAUGAUACUGGGAGAUGUGGAAGAAACUGUGACUACUAUAGAAAUUGAUGAAGAGACAUAUGAAGAGAUAUACAAAUCAACGAAAAGGAAUAUCCCAAUGCUCUUUGUCCGGGGAGACGGUGUUGUGCUAGUUGCCCCUCCACUAAGAGUUGGCUGAAAUGGAGAAUUUGUCCUGCGUGGAAACAGUUGCCUCUUUAACUGCAUAAGACGUUCAGAGGACAGGGCCGUACACACACUGAUACUGAGAAAUAGCCAGAAGAUUUGUUCACCCCCAAAAAGAGAAUACCUUACAACAUUUUGAGCUAAGUAGCAUUUUUGUUUUUUUUUAUCCUUCCACUAAACAUGUUCACCAAGGUGCUGAACUCUUUUUCCAGGAGUUGAUUUGCGCCAUCAUUCUUGCAGUUUCUGGUGGUUUUUU